UGGGUGGAAGCACGCAAGCACGUAACAAGACGAGGUGGUGAUCUGGAUGCAAUUUGAAAGGCUGGAUCACGAUCUUCGCCUUGUUUGCGGAAGAGUUGGCGAAUCUAGGGAAAUGCGGGAGGCUGGGUGGUGUUGAUGGUGGUGAUGGAAGCCAUGGUGUUGAGAGGCAUAAGUACCAGAGGACGCUUCCCUCGUAACCAUCACCCAACAAUCCCACUUAUACACCGGUCGCUACUACCACUGUCACUUCAAUAUCUACCUAUACCCCACUGUAGACCAAUACCCUCAGUUAACAUGCGUUUCUCCAUCGUCGCUGUCCCGGUCAUCGCCGGCCUUGCUGCCGCGCAGAACCCCGUCUCCGCUGUUUCCAGCGCCCUCGCCUCCGCCGCUGCCAGUGCCGCCACUUCCCAGAUCUCCAGCGCACAGUACGCUGCUUCUAGCAUCCUCGCCUCCGCCUCAUCUCGCGCUGCCUCUGCUGCCUCCGCCGCCUCCUCCGCCGCCUCCUCCGCCGCGUCUGUCGCCUCGUCGGCUCGCGCGAGUGCUUCCUCUGCUGCAUCCCGUGCUACUAGCGCCGGCGGUGCUACGACCGGCACUGGCGCGACUGCUUCGCGCACCAGCUCUAGUGUCACCCAAUUCACUGGUGCUGCCGUACCUCUUGCUGCUGAGGGUCUCACCGGUGUCGUUGCUGUUGUGAUCGGUGUCGCUGCUAUGUUGUAGACUGGGUGAAUGAGAGAGAAGUUAUUGAUUUGAAAAGGUUUAUGGACGGGAUUAAUGAGCAAUUAAUAUGAUAG